AUGAUUUUUCUAAUCUGUGGGCGCGAGUCGUCUACCAGAGAGGACUACAACCACCUCUCAUUGGACUUCAGCCCUGAGCGCACCUUGCUGAGCAGCCUGGCACUCACUUUCAAAAGUGAAAAGGUUGAAUUCACAUGUGAGGGCUGUAAAGGCCUCCACGCCUCAAAGGUGGAGCAGUUCCACACACUGCCUCUUGUGCUGGUUCUGCAUCUGAAGAGGUUUGGAGGACCUGGGGGGUUGGAGAAGCUGGAGGCUCCUCUUUUGUUUCCUUCGGAGCUGAGGCUCUCCACCCUCUGUGGGGACAUGGUGCCACACCUGCACAGUGCCAGCCCACAGGCCCUCACCAGCCAGGCCCCUAGCAUCCAGGGGUCCAUCCCCCAGACCCUCGCCAGCCAAGUCUCCAGCCCACCUGGAGAGACCAAAGACAGCGCCCUCUUCUGUUCAGAAGCAGAAGCCAGUGCAGUCAGUGAAUGGUUACUACCAGCUGACUGGCGUCGUCUCUCAUUUGGGAGGCUCCGCAAACUCCGGGCAAGAGAGCGGGAGGCCCCAGCACACAGGGCCUAACAGGGCCACCAGCAUCAGCCCCAGCCUAAACAGGGGCAGCACCUGGACCAGCACUCAGACCUGUCUCAUCAGGGGUAGUACCAGGCCCAGCCUCAAACCCCCAGCCCAGCCUCAACAGGGGUAGUACCAGUCCCAGUCUCAAAACCCCCAGCCCAGCCUCAACCCUCACACACCUGCCUCGAAAGGGGUAGCAUUUGGCCCAACAUCAACAACCCCGAGCCCAGCCAUAACAGUGGCAGCACUGGGCCCAACAUCAACACACCCAGCCCAGCCUCAACAUGGGAAGAACCAGGCCCAGUCUCAACAUGGGCAGAACAUGACCCAGCCCCAACACCCUCAGACCUGCCUCAACAGGUGCAGCAUUCAGCCCAACUUCAAUCAUGCUGCUCUUCAACACUAGCAUGAACAUUCUUUCAGUAGCUUAUGUCAUCAAUACCUGCCCUUGUCUUGACUACUUCACCUAAUGUAUAAAGUAUACACACUAGAUGUAGUACACAUGUAGAUGUGGUGGACAGAGAGUGUGAUUAUUUAGAGGAUAUAACUUCCCUUCUAUUUGGUUUGGUUUGAAAUCCUCCUGUUGUGAAAUACACUGUGGUGUCUAACCUCUUAUUCAGCAUGGUCACACCGGAUGACCUGCAAUAUUAAUAAAGACAAGCAAAUGUAAGAAAAUCCCAUUUAAGAUGAUUCUGUUGACCGUUGUAACUCUUUAACUCAGGAAGAUUUAUGGUCUGGGAUUCAGGCCGGUCCUAACAGGAAACGUGACAAAGGGAAGCAGCUGUAAUGGAGCCUUCUAACACCCAAUCAGGUCUGGAGGAGGAAUGUCACAUAAAGAUUCAGAGGUGCUAUGAGUAUCUUUUGAAGUUACUCCC